CCUCACAGUGGUGGUCAGAAAAAGGGCUUGUCUGCCAGUGCUAAAGGUUUAGAUCUCUGAUCUUUCGGUUCUCUUUGAUGCCUGGCUCAGCUACUUGAGUUUCAGAACUUUUUACAGGCUCUGGCCCGUAUUUUACUGUUGGUUUGUUCUUCUAUACCACCAUAGAGUCUGAACCUGGAUUUUUUAGAUAUAUUUAAGUAUUCACUCUAUCAACAUAUGCACUAGCUGAAUCUGCAGUAUUUGUGGCACUGGCAUAACUUACCACACAGAUAAUGAGUUCUCAUGGACCAUGACCACAUGAACAAAAAUAAUUAAGUUUCUGCUUACUGAUUUACAUCUGUGUGAUCACAUCCCAUGAUGCUACUCCCCACUGGUGCUGGUUUUGUCCAUUCCUGGAUUCUUUGUGGUUCCCUUUCCUACUGGCGUUUCCUUUCCUUGGCAGGUUGAGGUGUCUCAAGGCUUUCUGGAAUAUGUUUUACCUCCCCAUUUGGAUGAAGGAAUAUCCCAAGUAAUUGAUUCUCACGGUUGUGACUUCACAGCUGAAAAAUUUAUUGCUAAACCAUAUCUUUCACUUCCUGUUUUGCCUUUAAAGCAGCAUAAGCACCUCUAGUGGUUAGCAGCCAGUUGGAUUUUGCCAAGCAAUGUAAACAUUGCAGUUCCAAUAAAAUAUCAAUCAAAAUGACCUGAAAGGCGCAUAGUCAUCCCCUUGGGCAUUAAGAAUAAAAAAAACCUGUGGUGGUAUACCCACAUGUAGUUGGGUUGUCACAGCCCUUUACCUUGUGUUUGUAGCCCAGAGUGAUUAAAGGUCCUUGCCCCUGUGCUUCUAGCUAAUAUUAAGUAUUAAUAAUUAUUAUUAUUAUUCCCUUUUACUUCAAAAGGUUCUAUUAACAAAUGGAAACCCCUGUAUAUCUCCUGGUUGACAGAAUCACAGUAAUAAAAGACUGCGUGAUUUCUAAACUUGGAUAUUUAAUUUUGAGCGUGGCUAAAAAUACAUUAUGGGAAUUCCACAAAAAACAUUUUUGAAGAUCGUCAGGGGAAAUAAAACACCUAGAACUGCCUAUAGAAAUCUCUCUUAUAAUCUAAGGGACGGUGGGGUUUAAUUUCCAGGUGUAUAUCUGAUACACAGUGCUAAUAUGCUAACACGUUACAGUUUGGAAAUACAAAAAAUUUGAUCAAGCUACAUGGAUGGGGAUCGAAAAACAAUCCUUUUUGAAUAUAGAACCACUUUUGAUGAUUUGGCUCGAUACUUUCGCUUUUAAAAAUCUGAGGAUUCUAAAUAAAAUAGUUUUUGACUUAUUUAAGAUUAUGACCAAUUUAAAAAAAAAAAAAAGAUUUGGUAUAAAAAAAUGACUUCUCGACUGACGGACAAGCAGCUAUGACACAGUUUUCCCGGUGCAUAAUAGAGAAGGGGGCCAUGUUGUACACCGCAUCAGCACAGACCCAGACCCUCAUGGUCCGAGCAUACGGAGGUACACCAACCGGGGAGAUGCCGUGCCGUGCCACAGCACAAUCUACCCAGAGAGACAUACCAGAGGCAGCGGCUGAGAUCAGCGGCCAUUCCAGCCCCCACACUCUGUCUGUCUUCCGUACAGGACUUAAUUUGCUGGACACGCAGAGACACAACCGCACCUACCCACGUAACUAACCCUAACCCACUUUAAUACCCAUGCAGUCUUAUGUAUAGCGUUAUACUCUCUAUUUUGCCUGAUCUACAUAACUUCGUUUUAUACUUACCAAUGCUAAAGUGUGGCUAAGCUAGUUUAAAUGCAGACUAAUUAUAAAAAUGUGCAAGUAUCAACGUACUCCUGAAUGUUGAAAAUGUUCCGUAAUAGCAUG